UUUAAAUUCUAAAGUGCGUGUUUCGUGAGCCUAGCCAACCAUGGGCCGCCGUCGCUUUGCAAAGAAGGGCGAGGAUGUUCGCCACUUCAAGCUUGUGGCUCGCGCUGGUGCUGACGAUGACGACGACAAGCCCCCGCUCGUCUUGGAGCCCUAUGCGCCACCAGGUGUGGUAAGAAGGACUGGCAGGACAGAGGCAGAGCUGCUUUCUGUGCCAGAAAGCUUGCAGCACCUGGGGUCAGCCAUCUACCAGCCUGGCCAAGACGAGCCUGAGCCACCAAGGAGUGAUCCAAAAGAGGACGGAAAUCACGAGGACGGCGAGUGGGGUGAGUUGGACGGAGACUGCUACUUUCCUCCAGAUGGCUACAACUAUGAGCAGCAUUUGAAGAGCGUGAGUGGAACGAAGAAGGCGAAAAGUGUCGUGGGCGUCGUUUUGCAGGCCCCAGAGCCCAUCAAAGAGGAGGAAUUCCAAAAGCAGAUGGCAACAAAUGAGGAUGAGGAGGAGGUGCUCAGAGCUCUCGAGAACGAUGGUGAGUAUGAUGACCUUCAGGAAGACAUCAUUGCAGAGGUGGUUGAGGGCGGAGUUUUGGAGCCGGAGACCAUGUUGUGGGGCCCAGCCGCGCUUGACAGUGCAGCUCAUCCAGACAUGGCAAUUUUUGCCGAGCACAAGGCCUUGCUGGGAGCGAGACGGGGUUUGGAGGAUGACAGUGACUUUGAUGAUGGCUUGGACGAGCUUGAUGGAGGUGGUGCAAGCAAUGUCAAGCCCAGGGACGAGGUGCUGCGUCAGACAUUUGGCCUGUCCGCAUUUCACCGGUUUUGCGCUUGCGCUGAUUCAUCUCAUGAAAAGCAGGACUUUGAGCAGUUCCUCGCUGACCAAUACGCAGACGAUGAGAUAGGUGCUCGGGACGAGGAAGAAAUAGAAGGGAAUGUUGUUUUGGAUGAUGACGUGCUGGACGAGUAUUUGGACGAGAAGCAAGCAGAACGAGAGGAGCUGCUAUCGCUCUACGAACCUCAGAGAGGCUUCAAGGAUGAUGAGCCCCGGGUCAUUGCCGAGACCCGUGCAAUCAUUGAAAAGCAUUACUUGGAGGAGGAAAGCGAGGAAGACACCGAAUCAGGCGAAAGCGAAGACGAGUCAAACACGUGGGACUGCGAAAGUGUGCUGUCAACGCUGAGCAACCUCUCCAAUCGGCCAGGAAGAAUUGGUAAAGUCAAGAUCAUCAAGAAGCCGCCUGUGCUGAAGCCUGUGACGGAGUCCGCAGGUGAUGAGGAGGAGGGUGAGGAAUCUGAGGAGGAUGUAGUGGAAUUGCCUGAUGUGGUGACCACUCGGCCAAAGGAUGAGACACCGGAAGAGAAGAAAGCUAGAAAGGCAUCAGUCAAGGAGAUGAGGCGAAUAUGCAGGAAAAUGAAGAAGGAAAGCAAAGAGGUGUACAAAAGAGAGGCAGCAAAGCUGCCAGGCCAAGGUGGUGUCGAUAUAUGGCAGAAGACUCGGGCUGUCAAGUACUAGCUCUGCCUGUAGCACCGAAGCACCGGCGACAGAGGCGUGUUGUUAAUUUCCGUUUCCUGCAGAAGCAGCUCCCGGCUCCGCUUGCGUGGCAAUGCCAUCAGAUUGGCGCAGCUGUGCCCAUGUAUAUAGACGAUGCAAUUAGAGGUGCGAUGGCAGCCUCGUGUGAGUGCUUGCCAGUGCCUUUAGACCAUCCUAAAAUGCUCUGAAGUCAUUUGCCUCAUGUGCG